UCUAGAAUGAUCAGUACCACUCGACUACUCCUGCGACAGGUGCCUGCUGCAGCGCACCAUCUCGCCCUCCUUUCCAGCACUGUCUCAGCCGGCAUUCCUCCCGCCUCCUUCAACCCUGAGGCAUACCUGAGGUUCCCGCAAUUCCUUCACGACAUCAACAAUAAGCUUAUGUUGUACAAGACUUCACAGGAAACCCAGGGAUUACUGGAUAAAGGGAAACUCGUCUACAGUCACAAAUGUGUUACUGUUGAGGGUGCAUUGGGCACACUAUCAACCCUGAGUGAAACGGAUCGUGAAGCUCUGAAACAACUCAGCAUCGCUUUAAAGGGUCUCUUCUGGCAGAGUGACAUCGACUACACUUGUGUACCGUGUGUCUUUCCCAUGGUCGGCGAGUUCACCCCGGAUAGCUUUCUGGCAGAGUUGGGACUGGAUUCAGCUUCUUUCAAAGCUUCACUCCAUUACUCAUUCUUUUCCAGAGGUAUGCUGAACAAACUGCCCAUAAUCAGCUACCAAGGUGAGGACGCUAUGAAUGUUUACAAAUGUCCCACGGAUAUCAUCUCUACUAUCUUCGAAAACUAUGACGAGGUAUAUCACCUGACAGUCGGGGAGGGGAUCAUCAACCCAGUACUUCACUUUAUCGUUGCUAAAUGUGACAGUGGCAAACUACUUGGGUUUAUGAGUGCUUCCGUCCAAGAGUGAGAAUUCUGAGUACAACUGAAGAUCACAAGGAUUUGCGUUUCCUUUAGAAUGAGUAAUGAAUUCUGCUCCCAAAUAGCUCUAAGCCCCGCAGCCAGAUUAAUCCGCCGCAGCCGAUCUUGUGUAAUUGGAAAAUCGCGUCUCUUAAAGCGACGAUCCGAAAAAUGUCAGCGUUGCAGACCAUGCUUCGUUUUUUGACUGGAUCGGAUAAGUCUUUUUUUGGGAAACCUGGAGACGUCGAGGAAGGAUUUCAAUUUUCAAUGAUGAAGUGUAUGAUAAUACCAAUACGAGAACAUGACGGCUUGCUGUAAGGCAAAAGUGAGCCGUGAUCAACUGCAUGCGGAUUUUCUGUGCUGCAUAUUACUUGAUAUUCAAUAAAAAUGGUAUCAAAAACUGUUAUUAAAAUCUUGCGUUCAACUAUUUUCGGAUAGAUCUAAAAUAAGUUACCUAAUUUGGAUUCCUGAUGAUUUUAUUAUCUUAUUUAUCUUAUAUUCUUUGUGAUGUUGCGAUUAAGCUUUUUUGUAGAACUGGUAGAUAAUAUUUAACAAAUUUUUGUCUUUGGCUUUUCUAAUUUUUCUGUUCUGUAAAAUUAUAGAUUCCUCCGAAGUUGGAGGACAACUUCACACAACUUGGAUCACAUUUGGCCCUAAUAUUUUGUUGUGGUAAAAUGCUGAACAUUAACUGUGGUACUAGCAAACAUUGUUCAAAUUGCUAUAGAAAGUUUUUCGUGAUAGCUUCUAGUGCGACGCGCAUACUGCGCGCCGCGAGCUUUUUCCGAAUCGUCACCAAGACACGUUGGCCCGCUUGUCCUCUUUUAGCUUGAUGCCCCAUAUAAUAACGUAAAAUUGUAAUACAUUUUUGCUAAACCCCUUACGCUUGUUACAAAGAUGGUGGUACUAACCCCCUGGAGAAAGUUCAGUCAUAUUUGCAAUUUACCAAAAUCGUAUGUAAUUAUCAAAAUUCAAAAGGCAGUUGGACAGGUUGUAACGAAAGGGAUCGGACUGAAUUUUGAUUUUCGGGGUUCAAGUCAAUUGAGGCUUGAUAUUUACCAAACCUAGAGGGUGUUGUGGCGGGAUAUAAUAAAUAUAAAAACUAUUGGCUAAGCUCCUCCCACGGCUAACUGUCUCUACAAUGGGACUUCCAGCACAUCGAGCUCUACUAGCUUAGUAUUAGGGGAAAUAUGCUCCCAUUGAUUAUGAACUUGAUAAUGGUCUAAGGGGCCGAUUCGCCUCUGCUAGCUGCGUGUUCAAUAGUGCUAGUACCACUAUAAUACAUACUAUAUACCUUAUUUUGAACGAUUACUACUUGUUUCCUCU